CGUAUGCCCCAUUCUCAAGGUAUAACGAUUUUCGAUAAUAUACUUCCUGGUGUACAAUUUGAUAACAGUUGGUAGAUUGGAUUUACAGUGAACAGCAGGUUUAGUUUUGAUAAAACGAUGAAAAAUGUUCGCAGUUUCAUACCGUUUAGUUUUUGUAAUUUGUUGACGUUUGCUUCAACUAAAAAACACAAAAAGAAAACGAUCCGUGCCACUGCAAAGAAAUAUGCCGAUUCUAAAAGAUUUAACGGAACAGAACAGCUGAACCGCCAACAAUACUUCGAAAAACGAAGGAAUUUAAAAGCAAAAUAUUGGAUUUUAAUUCUUUUAGUUCUCUUUGGCAUAAAUGGAAGCUUAGUCUCAUUCGUGGGAUAUGCGAGUUACCAAGAAAGGGAAUCACUGCAAAGGGUAAAUAUAACCGAAUUUCCAGUGCCUUGCGAAGACCUCUCACUGAGUGCGGAUGAAGAUUGUCUAACGUUUGAUGCGAAGAAAGGUGGUUUGAGAACAUUCAUAGAUGACUCAGGAAAAUACAUAUGUAGCAAAGGCAACAAAACAGAAACAGUUAAAACGAUCGUGGAAAGAGAAUCAAGAAUUCGGCAAGCAAAAGGUAUAGAGGAACAAUAUCUUUCCUGUGGAAAUGAAAGUUUAGCAGAGAAAUCUGGACGGCUUACAAUUUCUUUCAGGAAAAUUUCAAAACAUCAAAACUAUUCAGGUAAAAGUUCUGAUACAAAGGUAGACUGGGAUAAUCAUCCAGGAAAAUGCCAAAUUGACCCUUCGGUGUAUUAUGACAAUGGAGAGGUGACCAUCCCAGAAGGAAGGACAUAUUCCGUGUACGCAACUGCACAUUUCAACAUCAGCCGACAGGAAGAAAAUGGAAUGCAGAAUUUUGGAAGACCGCAAAAAUUUUCUAUCAGAAUUUGCAAAACUGUUUACGGAUAUGAGCAAACACUACUUGGAAGAACAGUAUGGUUCAACACGACCAACACUGGAAGUGUUGUGUCAAGUUUACACAUCGGAAGCCACUUGGAAUUGUCACGAAAUGAUAAAAUUCAUGUUCGUGUGAGUGAUGCAAAUAAGAUAAUACAUGAUUCAACAGGAAAUAACUUUGGGCUUUUUCCAUUAUAGAUUUCUGCUUGUGUGUUUAUGGUUUGAAUUUAAAGAAAAAUGUUUGCCGUGAAUGUUUCCUACGCUUGAGAUAGUACUAAAUGUGUCAGAAUGUUUACGGAUGAUAGAGCGCAAGUUUAGCUGAUGAAACAGAAAGGAGUUCGGGCUUUUAAAGCUACAUCCAUACUGCUUGAGAUGUUUUACAGAAUGAUGACCAGGGUCCUUAUUCAUCAACGUUGUAAGCGUGAGAUUUAGACUUAGAUUUUAAAAGUAAAAUUGCCAUAACUUCCUUCUUAAUAACAGUAUACCGUUGAAACUUUGCAUAAGUUUUUAUUGGAAUUGAUGCCAUAUUCGUGUCAGGGUUCAUUAAAUUCAGUAGAAGAUAGGACAAAAAGAAAAAAAUAUUGCAUUUUAAAGUCUUUGUCUAAGUUUCAGACUUUAAACGUUGAUGAAUGCCGACCAGGCAUGGUAACUGAAUUUUGAAUAGAGGAACCAGACACCAAAUUAGCAUUAUAUAAAACCAUUAUCUUAGGACGUUUUUACGGGAUGACGUCUGAAAAAACAUAAAAGGAACAAGAAAGUUAAAAAUCUAGUAGUAUAUUAGUAUACUUUUAUUUGAAUAACAAUUAUUUUAAACGGUUUUUAAAUUUUAUUCAAAUGACUUUCUACUAUUGGAAGAUACAUAUUUGGAGAACGUUUUAGAAGGUUUGAAAACGUUUCGUUAGAAAUGGGCAAGUAUGCAUAUGAUUCACAGUCAUUUGAAUUAUUCAGUGUGCGUGAUACGAAUCACAGAUCAUACGUAAGUUUAAGUAUAGACAUUAAGGAGUUAAGGAGGAGAGUACCGGUCUACAGUCUGCAUUGCGGAAAAUUGAAAGAUCGUUUUGAUUCACAAAGAAAAGAAUAGGGAAUAUGGAGAGCGUUAAAUCGACGGUAGGUGUCAAAUGCUACUCGGGGUUUGUUUUUGCUGGACAGUCUUUACCAGGCUGGCAAUGUACAGGGAAUUACGGUUGGAUAAUUAGAUUGAAACGUUUUAAGAGGUAUAUUUAAUGAGCUAUCAAUUACAACAGAAGCACAAAAAAAAUAAGAGAAAGCGGAUAUAAAGCUGUGUAACAUUUGUAACAAUCCUGCAUGCAUUGUUUGAAGUAGGUAUGGAUACAUUUUAAUUUUGUUCCAAUAGUUGAAAUUACCUUUUCACCGUCAUACUAAUGCGUUUUAUCUCAUAUCUAUUGUCUUUGCUACAUUCUAUUAAAUCUGGUUCACACGAUAUAAUGAUAAAAUCUGUAAGAAGAGCCUGCGCAAAAAUAGAAUCUAACCAAGCAAAAUAAUAACAGCCUCGGUAUGACAGUGUUUAAACUCCAUUCUGCUUGACACACUUAACAAUUACAUACCAAUACAAACAGUUUGGUGAUGGGGCUUUUAUGCAAGUGUAACUGUUAUACAAAAUAGGAUUUCGAUGUUUUUAUUAUUUAAUUAUAUUUGUCAAAGCUUUCAGAGAAACAGACUUUGGAUUUAUGAUUUAGACUUGCAACUGUUAUGUCAAACAAAACAACUAAAAAUGUGUAUAAAGCAACUUGUAUUAAGCAUACCUUCAACGUACCUGUCUUCCCUCUUGAAAGUUAGGAACUCAGUCAUUACACCCAUUUACAUUGCAAAAAGAACGAUUUAAGAUGACGAAUAGUUCCUGAAUGACAGUUGGUUUGAUACUUGGUUAAACACCAGUACUGUUUAGUAUUGACCCAGAUUCAGUCUCAGGAUACGUCUUUUAAACAUCAAUUUUUAUAUCCAGACACACAUUCGGCUUUAUAUGUUCCUACAUGAUAUUUUGUUCUAUGCAUUUGAACUGACUAAGCUUUUUGUUUUGCGGUGUAUAUGUAAAAGUUUAUAUAACAAUAAUAUACACAAAACUUUAUGAUGAUUUACUUAACCGGCAGCUGUAGGUACAUGAACUCUUAUGUAAAAUACUACGAAUAUAAACCAAUGCCGAAAUAACCUAAAUAAUAUGUUCUGAGCUUAAGAGAUUCACCUGGCGGGGAUUACUUUUAUUUACACUGUGUCCCGUGACUUUGGAACAUGGAUGCGGUGGGGGGGGGGGGGGGGGGGGGUUGGGGUUGGGUGCGCAUCACAAACCGGUUUAAGCUCCCCAGUGGUGUUUUUGCAACUGAUCGUCCCAAGGCGGCGUCCCUUUAUUUGUUCGUUUUGUACUUGUGUAUUUGCUUUGUGUGUGUGCGCGCGCGCGCGUGUGUGUGUGUGUUGGUAGUGUGCACAUCUGCGUGCUGUGAGUUUCGUUUUUUAGGAAGACUGCGUUUUUGGACAGUUACAUUCCCUGUUUGAUAUUUAUCCAUGUUUUAUUAAUUUUUAAUUUCAAGCUGAAUUUCUGUUUCAUCUCACAGUUCUACGAACACAAAAACGUGACACAGAAUUUAGUUUGCACUAUUCUACAGAAAUAUUUUAAUUGUUUAAAGAACAUAUGCCUUAACUAUAAUUUCGCUAUACGUAGUUUCAAGAAAAUGCAGUAUUUGCAGUCAAAUGCAUUAAAAAGUAGAUGAUUACAUGUAUCAAUAACUUGAAAUAAUUAUUUCUCUGAUUUUAAAUGUAUUUUGCUUUAUUAUUUUUCUAUUUUUUGUCAGACAUUACUAUUUACUGCAUACAUUAUUCAUAUAUGUACAAGAUAUAUAAUCAUAAUAUAAGCAACACGUAGGGCCAAUGGAAAUAAAAAUGAGAUAACAAUUGUUGAAGUGCUAUUCAGACGUGAUUCAAGGCAUCAAUGGAAAUACACCAACAAUACUGUAAGAACUUUAACACUAGCAAUAGAAAAAAAUAUUAUAUAUUUUUGUUGUUAGCAAAGUGUGUAUUUGUAACUGUAAAAGAUUUUGUACAAAUUUUUAACUGUGAAAUUAAGCAUUUGAAUGACUAAA